AUGGGAAUCACAAUCUCACACACCAAUCCUCCGCUUAUUCCUUUUCCCAUUCUCCAAACCAUAAACCUCUCUCUUCAACACCACAAUCUCACUCUUCACCUUCAUUCUCCACCCACUUUCCUCACUCUCACUUCCUCCUCCUCCCUCUCCCUUAGGGUUCCGAUUCCCAAUGUCUUACUCGACGCCGAGCUUCCUCCCACCGUUCGUUCAUUCACCGACCAUAUCGAAGUCAAACUCCUCCUCUUACUCCCCAUCGAUCACCCUGCCCUCUCCGCACUUCAUCAAACCUCUUCGUUACCUCAACCUCUCCUAAUCGAAUACGAUGUAGACAAACUAUCUUUAGCUAGAGAAGUCGAAUUUGUUUGUAGAAGUUGCAGAUACCAUUUGACCAAUAAACCUAUCAGAUAUUUUGUUUAUUCUUUGUUUACCUCUAUUGUUAUAGAUUAG